AUGGCGAUUUUUCACCGUGAGGAUGGGAAUUAUUGCAGAGUUUAUUGGGAGGUGAGAAAAGUCUUGUCCACCCUAAAGGUUAAAAACCAGCAUAUUAUUCCUCACAUACACGGAGAUGGGUGCUUUGCAUCUCCAACUUUUGUUCAAACUCGCUGCCUUAGUCUCAGAGGCAAUGCUUGUUCUCAACUUCAUCGGCAUGACAAUGAAUCUCUAUAA